GUAACUUUCGCCUCUUUGUUGUCAUUCCCUCCACAGAAUGAUUUCCUCUGCAGUGUCUUUCAACCUUAGAUCUUUCCACCAAUGAAUAAAAAUUAUUCAUUGCGUUCCACCGACUGGUGUCAUUGCUCUCUAUUUUGGGGUUUUCAAUGUAGAAGACCCUACUUUGAAAAAUGUCUUACAUCGUACAACCCGAUGUUGUAAAAUAUGCUUGCACAUGUGGCAUUUUAAGACCUAUCUCUAAUCUAUAUUUUUGCAGACAUUGUUUAGAAAUAAGAUGUUCUUUUUGCGUGUGUCAUGAGGCGGAUUCCCAUUACUGUGGAAAAUGUGCCGAAAAUUUACCAUCUUCCGAGGCACGUUUAAAGAAAAAUAGAUGUGGCAAUUGUUUCGAUUGUCCAAGCUGUCAUCAGCAACUGACAACUAGAGCGGCAAAUAUGGGGCCUAAAAAUGGCGAAGAUCCGAAAGCUCCACCUCGCAAGGUUUUUUAUUUGCUUUGCCUUUUGUGUCGCUGGAGCUCUAGAGAUGUAGGAAUUCCCGAUCAAGCAGCUGUGAGUGGAGGGUGGCCUGAGAGGGAGAAUGUUUACGCAAAUCGAUUGCAAGAUAUACAAGAUAUGUAUAAAGGUAUUGUGCUAUCAGAUAAACAGCAGAAACUUGAAAAAGAUAAAAAGAAGCAACGUCGAUAUAUGAGCUUCACGGAUAGGACUGGUAUAACUGCCUCAAUGCUGAGAAAGCGAGUGGGGUUGCCUGACGUUCCACACCCGCUUCGUAAAUGCCAGGUUAAAGAACCAACUAAAGCUAUAGCAAAAGAGGAUGUUGAACAGUUUCCUGAAUAUCUGCUUACAGAACCUGUGAAUUUGUCGUUUGUUACUACAAUGGAGCAGAGGUUAGUGCAGCCAGAACUACAACCAACAACUGUGGAUAAACUGUUUCCUAUUCAUAAGCAUCUGUCUGUGAAAAGAUCGCAACGUUGCCGAUCCUGUGAACACAAUGUCAGCAAACCGGAAUAUAAUCCGAACUCCAUUAAAUUUAAAAUACAAUUAUUUGCCUACUAUCAUAUUCCUGAGGUGCGUUUAAUAACUGUUGAGCCACUAAGGGCGGGGAAAGUAAGUGAAUUACUUAUUAAAUUUAUCAAUCCCACUCAACAUCAAACAACUGUUACACUUUUACCGUACAAGGUGGGGGAUGAUGUCAUUGUGGAAGAGUGUAAAUCUGAAAUUAGUCCAGUCGAUGAGAAGCAGCCGGUCUCACUAACCAGUCAGCCCAGUAGUUUGAUCCAUUCGUCACUUUCACGGCAACCAUCGAUAACAAUUAAACCUAGGCCUGUUACAGUUCCAGUUGUAGCGAGCAUUGAAUUUCCUGAUAGCACUUUCGUUUUACCACCACGUGAUGAU